AAAGGUAUGUGGCAAUCUGCUGUUGCUGGUGGUGGAAGAAGUUGGUAAACAGCGUUGACCUCGAGUGUUGCAGAGUUAAAUGUGGAGCCGGACGUGUACAAGGUUGCUGGGACAGUAGUGUCGAGCAUUAAUUGUUGCUGUCGGCAAAGAAGACACCAUGGCUAGUGAUAUGAUUCUUCUAAUGAGGGGCCUUGCCAAGCUGAGCAAAGCUGUUAUGGAGACCCAAGCAGGCAACUUGCAAAAUUCUGCUGCAGCAAGAGAAGCUCUGUCUACAGCUAGGAGCAUUCAGGUGACUGCAGAGAAAUUUGGAGAAAUACCAACUGGUGAAGAACUAAGUUUUCAGUAUGAAGUCUCAAAUUCUAUACAACAAGCAUCAAGCAGUAAAGAAUUCAUUGAAGUUCACAAAGACACAGAUGCCCAACAAGAGAGAGCUGAAAGUAUGGAAUCUCAAAAAUGUUAUCGGGAUACUUCUAAAGAAAACAACAGAUCAUUUGGAAAAUACAGUGAUGCCAGUAGACAGUCUUUUGAGCAGAAACGGUCAUUUCACCAGGACCAUUCAUCUGUUGGCGGACUCACAGCAGAGGAUAUUAAUAAGGCCAGAGAAGCUAAGACUUCCAGUGACUCUAAGCCUCAUAAACAGAUGCUCAGUGAAAGAGCACGAGAAAGGAAGGUGCCAGUUACUAGAAUUGGAAGACUGGCAAAUUUUGGAGGUCUGGCUGUAGGUCUUGGGAUCGGUGCUCUUGCAGAAGUGGCUAAGAAGAGUUUGCGGUCUGAAGAUCAGAAUGGCAACAAGAAGUCAGUGCUUGAUUCCAGCCCAUUUCUCACAGAAGCUAAUGCAGAGAGGAUUGUACGUACUCUUUGCAAAGUCCGUGGUGCUGCCUUAAAACUUGGACAGAUGCUCAGCAUCCAGGAUGAUGCUUUCAUUAAUCCUCAGCUGGCGAAGAUUUUUGAUCGGGUUCGACAAAGUGCUGACUUCAUGCCCAUGAAACAAAUGAUGAAAGCUCUAAACAAUGACCUUGGUCCAACCUGGCGUGAAAAAGUAGACUUUUUUGAAGAGCGGCCAUUUGCAGCAGCUUCAAUUGGGCAGGUGCAUCUGGCUAGGCUUAAAGAUGGGAGAGAAGUUGCAAUGAAGAUACAGUAUCCUGGAGUUGCUCAAAGUAUAAACAGUGAUGUAACUAAUCUGAUGACCGUUCUCAGCAUGAGCAAUGCAUUGCCUGAAGGGUUGUUCCCCGAACAUUUAAUUGAGGUUAUGAGCCGCGAGUUGGCACUUGAAUGUGAUUAUGAAAGGGAGGCCGAGUGUGCAAGAAAAUUCAAGGAACUGUUAAAGGGCCAUCCCUUCUUCUAUGUUCCAGCUGUCAUUGAUGAGCUCAGCAGCAAGCAUGUCCUGACCACUGAACUUGUAUCUGGAUUUCCAUUGGACCAGGCUACUGAUCUUAGCCAAGACCUUCGAAAUGAAAUAUGUGGCAAUAUUUUGCUACUUUGCUUACGAGAGUUGUUUGAAUUCCGGUUUAUGCAGACUGAUCCCAACUGGUCCAACUUUUUCUAUGAUCCUCAGACCCACAGAGUUGCUCUUCUUGACUUUGGAGCUACAAGAGGAUUUGAUUUGACCUUUACAGAUGCCUAUAUAGAGAUAAUAAAAGCAGCAGCAGAUGGCAGCAGGGAAAAUGUUCUAAAGAAGUCAGUUGAUAUGAAGUUUCUCACUGGUUAUGAAUCAAAGGCUAUGGUGAAUGCCCAUGUAGAUGCUAUCAUGAUCCUUGGAGAAGCUUUUGCUUCCGAAGAACCAUUUAACUUUGACUCUCAGACCACCACUCAGCGUAUUCAUAGUCUUAUUCCAGUAAUGUUAAAGGAAAGGUUGUUGCCUCCCCCAGAAGAGACCUACUCAUUGCACCGGAAAAUGGGCGGCUCUUUUCUUAUUUGUUCACGGCUCAAAGCCAAAAUCAAGUGCAAGUACAUGUUUGAGGAGGCUUAUGAAAAGUACUGGUGUGGAAGAAAAGCGUGACCAAGCAAAUGACUAAAACAAAAGAAAAGCUGUUGGCAUGGUGGUGUUGUUGCUUUGCCUUUAUGUUUUUCAUUUUUUUUAAUAAUUUGAAUGUGCACAGAGAAUAUUUGAUGAAUUUGUUGUAUUUUUCUAACUCUUCUGUAGCCUUUAUCCCACAAAAAUCAAUGCAUAGUAACCAAUGUGUUUUAAAAAAUAAUCAGAUUUUGUCUGUCACAUAUCCUGACAGGUAAUUGUGCAAAAAUCAGAAAAAAAAAAUUUGUUAAUGGAAUUUAUAAAAUAUAAGUAAUUUAAAAAAAGUUAUAAAUUAACCUUUUUGUUAAAGUUGAAUGUAUGAUGUUUUAAAUCAUUAUAGAUCUGUAUGUUUAAAGUAAAUAUUUCAAGUAUCCCUUUACCAGAUUCCACAUAUAAUUUUAGAAUAAAAGACUCAACAUUAAAAAGCAGGCUGUGGCUAAUAGUUAGUAAACCAAACAUUUAUUUGAAAAGAAACAUUGCAAAUUUUACUUGCUAUUUUGUGUUUCAUUAUGAUAAUUACUUUAUAGCCCUCUGGAAAUGGGUCUGUUUUACAUUCCUUCUGCAAGACGACUUUUUUGUUAAGAUAUUGUAUUUGAUGUCACACUAUUUAAUCUAAGAAUGGAAUGUUUGUCAACAAUAGUUUCAAAUAUGUGACACAUGCCUUUUAAAUAACAUAUAAUAAUGGAAAAUGCAAGAAAGGAAGAUGUUCUUCAGCUUUCACCACUUGCCAUAAUGUUUUUUGUUUUCUAUUUGGCAAUUAGUUUUAUUGAUAAUUUUAAAAAAAUAUUCACUAUCACACACUAUUUAAAAAAUAAACAUCUUUUCAUAAGUCAUUUGACUAAGAAAACGAGUUAGCAUUAUUCAGAGUGUUUGUGUUAAUAUAAUAUGGAUCACAUAAAGACAUUGCCUGCUUAUUUAAAAUGUAUACCUCUUAUCAGUUUCUUUGAAAUUUUAAGAUGUUUAUAGUUGUGUUUUAGUAAAUUUGCACUAGUUCUUUGCAAAGCAGCAUCUAAAAAAUGAAUGGUGAUAAUAUUGUGGGAAAGUUUCUACUGUAUGUCUUCUUUUAAAUAAGAAGCCUAGAAUAUCUGCGGGGGAGAUGGGUCUAAACACUGACUUCCAGGUAGUUGAAUUUUUUUUUAAUGUCUCCUCCACAAAAGUCAACAAAGACGGCUGAAUCAGUAUAUUUGAGAAUUUUCAAGCUUUAUAUUUUUUCACCAAUAUCAGACUCCUUUGGGGAAGAAAUGGCUUGCUCCAUUGAAGUAGACCCCACAUUAGAAUCUGCAUCAGUUCUUUCCCUAGUCAAUAAUAAGGCAUUGCAACUCCUUACACCAGUACUGUAUAUUUUGACCAAACACACCCUUUAGGAGCAUACCAGGCUACUUGUUGUGUGCGUGUGUCACACCAAAGAAUUUAAUUGGAGUAUUAUCUUUUUAUUACUUUUUUAAUACAUGAGCUUUGUUACAAUUAAUGUUAUCUUUUGUAACUGUUGCUUCUCUGCUGUGAAUAGGUCUUUUGUGUUAUCAACACUAAAGUGAUUAUAAUUAUCAACUAGUCAUUUUACUGAACACAGUUUUUUCAAUAGUAGAGUCACAGGAAGAUAGACAUGUCCCAGCAGCAUUAGACACAAGGCAGUAACCAACUCUGGUUCCUGCUGCCACCCCAUGAGAGGGUACAAAUACUCACACAUGGGCAAUUUGUAGUCCUCAGCUGACCUAAUCUGCAUAUUGCAAUUUGAAAGUGAGCCAGACUAAGACACAGCAAGCAUGCGAGUUCAGUGAAAUCAUGGAAACAUUCAGGAACUUUGCCAAACUUGGGAGGGUGAGGGGAGGGUGGAUAUGCAUUGAAGGCAAUCGGGAAAUGGGAAAUGAACUAGUUUUGAGUGGAUUAUAGUGCUGCAGUUGUAUUUUAAGUUUCCUUGAGGGUUAAGAAAGCAUCUGUCAACUGUGCUGGAUUGAUUGUGUCUAGCAAUGUGAACUGAGCUAUUAGGCAGCAGUAUUACUACUGUGCCUUAAGCAACAAAAGACACCGGAGGAAUGAUGUUCACAAACAAAAUACAAUAAGUGGCCACAAACUAGCAAUAAGUUUAAAAAAAAAAAUACACUGAUUAGCCAUGCCGCUCUGGGUUUUUGAAGUUGCACUCCACUGCUUUCAUAUCUUUUUUGCAUAUGAUCUAUCUGUAUAGAUGCUUUGCACUUUUUUUUCCAUCAAAAAGACAGAAACAUGUUGUAAAUAGUAAUAAAUGUAUCAUUAUUAUUACUUCACUGUUUUCCAUCUCAGGGAGGGAGAGGGCUCCUUUAAGAUUUGUUGUGACUCGACACUGUGCUGCAUGUCUAAUUGUGCAUGCAUUUGGUUUAGCGUGCACAAUUUGCCAUGUGGUGUGAUAGCACAUAGAAAUUAGAGCUAUAUAGUUGGUGGUAAUGGUUGAUUUGAGCUAAUACUCUGUACCGACACUUGAGCAAGGAGGAUAACAUCUUUAAAUCCAGCAGUGAAGACACAACAUAUAAUGAAUCUAUACAGAACAAGGUUGUAUUUUCAUAAUUUUUUCAUUAUGCUCAACUAAUGUACCCCUCAAGUGAAAAUACUGAAAGUUUUUUUUUUUAAGUGGGGUAUAAAUCCAUCCAGAGGACUGAUCAUGUAAUGGCAUCAUGAAUGUGUGUAUACACCAUAUAUUUAUGCAUGCACAAAGCAGAUCAGGCAGUGUCAUAUAGUACUUGUUUGAAAGUUCUGCACAUGUUUUGAUCAGGUAGUGACAUUCUCAUCCAGCAUGGUUACUAUAAAGCCUUUAUGAUGUCAAAAGCACCAUGUAAUCUUAAAGUCUGUUUUUCUAGUUUAAGGUCUUCAUAGGAAUGCAAGGCAGAAACAAACCUAAAUGAGACAAAUCCCCACUUUGACAGAAUGGGUCAGUUUAAUACUACUUGUUAGCCUACCAUUCAUGUCUGUAAACAUAGUACCCACAGACACAUUUUCAUAUUGUACAAAGCAUUACAGUAGACCUCUUUAUGAAGCAUAUAAAAUAAAAAUGUAUUUAGUCAUCCAUCCAGUUUCUGAGCAUGCUAAUUCAUGGUUGCUGUGAUGAAGUUAUGGAAAUUAAUAAAAUGAAUUAACAUUUGACUAUAAAAUAAUAAUGAGCAGUAAGGGUUUUUAACUCUUAGCAGUGUGGCUGAACAAUAACUAUAUGCAUAAUUACAGUAUACGGUAUAUAAAGCACAUUAUCUGAGAUUGACACUGCCCUUUUCAGUGUCAGGCCAUCCUUUGCAUGAAUUGUGGGAAACUAACCCAGAACAAUCAAAGAAGGCCAGCUUCAGAGUGGCUAACUAAAAGACUUUCAUACAUUUAAGUGUUUAUAGGCUUUAGGAUAGGGGGUGAUACUGGGCUUGCUUACCUGCAGAUGUUAUAUUUUAGAAUAAUUUGCACAUGUGCAAUGAUUCAAACAGAGACCUAGAGGAUAUAACAUGAUUUUGUAUUUAUUUUAAGUCAUUUUUUUUAUUAUUGUAAAAAAGAAAAAAAAGUUAAGUCAGUAGUUCACAAUCAAUUGCAAAGUUUGGUUUAAAAUAGUUCCUACAGCAAAUUCUUGAUAAAAAUUGUUUCACAGUGUUUAUGGCUUUUUCUUCCUUUAUUAAUAAAUCUGUCCUAAAUAAUAUGAGGCAAUUAAAGUAAUCUUCAGUGAAGGUUCAGGUUUCAUGCUUCACUGAAUUAUAUGCAUAAAAAACAGAUAUCUAUAAAAUUAUUUUAUUUGAGUUUCUUUUGUACAAUACGAGGAGAAUGUUACACACUAACAAUUAUUUAGAUACAGUUACUAUAAAGCACAACAGUAUGUAAUUUAUAAUGUACUCUGUACUAAGCAUGUGUAAGUUAGUUACUUUUAGAGUUUUUUUAAUAAUCCCAGUGGUACUGCAGCAGUAUAAUCUGAAACAAAAAGUGUGUCAUUUAAUUUUUUUAAAUGUUAUGUUUUUUUCCAAAAUGAAUUUUAUUUGUUGUUAAAUCCAUCAAACUGCAUACAUAAAAAUACUCUUGAUACAGACACUGUUUUAAUAAAUUUAUUGACUUCACAUACAUUUGAGGUGCACUCCUGAUAAGAGCUCUUUCUCUUUGUAUCCUACUGUCGGAAUAAGUAGUGUUAGGAGAUUAAUCUAGUUUUCAUAUAUUUAGUAGAGAUAAAUGUGAAAUUAAUGUUUAUAUUAAUGUUUCUUUUAUUUCCAUGUGCUAUUUUUAUUUUAAUCUGUUUAUUCCUUUUGGCAUUUUCUUGAUUCCUUUUGUCAUUUUCUUGACAUCAUUGCAUCACACUUCAUGCAUUUGUUUUUGAAAAGGGUGUCACCUUUUUGAGCUUCUAUAUUUCAUGAACUCUUUUGUUUCAAGGGUCUGGUCGCUAUGAUAACCCAAGUCUGCUAGGAUUGUGACAUGACCACUUAGAAUAGUGCUUGAGCAACCAAAAAUAAUGAUUUUGGAACAAAAUUUUUUGAUCUUCAGUGUAAGAGACCUAAGCAAUGACUCUGAAUACCUUCUGGCCAAAUUCUUCAAAUAAAUCUUGGCAUACAGCUUACGCUACUACUGUGAAAAUUUUCUAGUAGUAUACACUUCUCAUUCCUAUUCAAAGAAUAUAUUUGUUAAAUAUGGCAUUUCAAAAAGCUGCUCAAAGGCUGUGCCAGACGGUUUUGGAAAUGAAACUGUCCCAAGAGAAAACGUAAGAUUAUAGGAAACAUUAAUUGACUCGCUGACAUAAGGCAUUUUUUACAAAGAACUGCCAGUUCUGAUGUAGCCCAAGUUCCCAUAUAACACUUUAUGUUAGGCAUAAAGUUCUACAACAUGACAUAAUAUGCAUAAUUUGACUAAAAAAGAUAAUUAUACAUACAUUUUUAUCUGCAGUUUUUUUAAAAAAAGAAGGUGCAUGUCUAAGUAAUUUCAGUAAUAAGUGACAAAGAAAAUCAUGAGGAGUGAUAAAGGACUUUGUUAAUUUCUUGGAGCUACACCUAAGAAUUGUUUUUAUCUGCUCCAGUAAACAAUGUAUUCUUGUUUAUAUUCCUAACAUUUUGAUUUUUAUUAGAAUUAGGUUUACAAGUGUUUUGAGAGACAAGCAAACAGACAAACUACCCUAGGAAGAAAUGAGGAUUUUUUUAGAGUUUUUAGAACUUUGUGUUCUUUCUGUAAUUAACUUUUGCAUGUGUGUGUUUCAUAGUUUUUGAAAUCACCAGGAAGGUUCUUGCUAUACUUAAUUGUAGAAGCACGUGACUUUGAUAGUCACCUUGUCUCAUUAUAAUCCAAACUUGUUCUGUGAUAUGAAUAUAAAUAGUGGUGCCACAUUACAGUUAAAGCUAAGUUAAGAUCUUUCUUUUUAAAGCAUGUUUAUAAAAUUUGAUAGCAACACAGAUUUCUAUGAAGCAACAAUUUUCCAGAACUUUAAUCACAUUUGGAAAAUAUAGGGUAUCUACAGAAAGCAGAUAAUUGUUACGAGUAGUUUUUUGUCCUAAUAAGCUAUAUAUAUUUUCUGUCACUGCACAAACCUUAAAUCAUGUUAAACACUAUUUUUUUUAGUAAUGAAAAGUGAAUCAAAGAAAAUUACAUGUUUAUGUCUCACAUGUUCACUUAACAUUCUUAAAUCUUUUGUGAUCCAAUAGGGUAUUGCCUUGGUCCAGAACUUGUCCCUGCAGUAUCAGGUGAAAGGCAUUGUGUAAUCAUAUAGAUGUCAUCUAUUUAUUAUCUUGUAAGCUUUAAUUAUAAGGCAUAACAUUAUAAUGACAAUCUCAAACCUUGAAACGUCAUUUUUAUGUUUGUUGGGUUGGUCUGUGGGUGUUGUAAAGAUCCUUAAAUUCAUAACCUUGAUUUUCUAUCACUAAAAUGAGUUCUGAUAAAGUCAUAAUAACAAUGUUAUUAUACAAAUUGUAAAAUAUGCUGGUCAUGUAACACUCAGUCUUGUGUGAUAUAUGGUGUUUACACAAGGCCAGUGCUUCUCAGGUUCCAUCCUGAGGCCCUUCCACUGUAGCUGCAAUUUUCCCCUCCAACCAGUUUCACAAUCACUGGAUCACUUUAUCUCUAAUUGAACUCGUUGUUUACCUGCCUUUUUCUUCUUCUCAUAUUUUGUCUUCAAAAGUAGUACAGUAGCGCAAAAUAUAUAAAAUUUAGAUAUAUUUGUGUUUUUGCUGUUACUUGAAGUGUUUUACUCUCUUUUGACAUUUUCUUAUUAAUUAAUCUUGGAGUUUGCUCUUUUAGUUGUAUCCUAAUAAUAAUGAUUAACAACGAGCAGAGCAAACACAGGGUAAAUGACACAGAAUGCUAAUAGGUAGCAGUUACUUCAGUGUCAGAUCCAUUAGUGAGCGCAUUAGUAAAUAUGUAGUUAAAUAGGCAGAACACAGUACAGUUACAGCUAAGAUUCCAUAAUCUUGUGUGUGUGCAAAAGUGGAAUGAAAGCAAUGAUUAUGAGCGGAAGAAUCUUCAAAACCAAGUUAAAAAGGUUAAUUAAUCUAAUGUAAAAUACAUUAAUUAUUACUAAAUUCCAAUAUAAAAUUUAGCAAAUCUGGUUUUGUAAUUUUUCUAGUUGUCAACAAAACACAGAAGCUAGUAAUUAACUGCUGUCUUUGAUGAAGAUAAAAGUGUACUUAAAAAAAAUAAAUAAAUAAAAAAAGCAGAGAAUCUGUUUGGGAUGAUAAUCUGCAUCCACAGUGGGCUUUCAGAGCUCAACCUGAAAUCCACUGCACCAAGAGUCAGCCUUAUGUGUAAAAUGAACAUUACACCAUGACAGUAGAGCUGUCGUAGAUGACAGCCAUCACUGGAGACAAAAGUUUAAAUGGCAUGUUUAGAACUGGCAGGCCUUCAGUGUGUGCAUCACGUGUGGUAUGCUUUCAUUUUGAAUUUGACAUGCCACAAGUUAUUGCAUCUAAUCUCAACUCAGCUACUAGCAGGAGGUCCUGUAUAUUUCUUCUAGAUGAGUUAUUGUAAAAUGCACAGUGCACAGUAGAAUUUGUGAAAAUGACAGUAUUCAAACAGAACUUGAUAUGUUCUGAUUUUUUUCCCCAUACCUUUCUCAAUUUUUACGAUGGAAAAACAACUGCAAUGCCUCUGUUUUUUUUUUUAAUAAGGAAUUUUUGACAGCCUUGUGGCAAUAAAUAGAAGAUUUUCUACAGGGAUGAACUGUAAAUGAUGACAUGUUUAAGAUGCACCCACACUGCACUAUGAUCCACUACUUAUGCUUCAUUUUAUGUUACCACUUGUCAUAUUUCUAAGCUAUGUAACCUUGUUUCUUUAUUUCCUCUUUAAAGGGAACAUUUUAAAAGUAUUCUUGAAACCUUACCUAAGGACGUGCACAUUCUGUUGGUUAAUUUAAGGUGUUUUUUUUUUUGAGCUUAUUGCAUUUGAGGAAUAAACAGAGAAAACAAUUUAAAAGAUUUAUUUUUUUAAUUGCAUUAAGUCUGUGUGGCAUUUAUGGAGUUUUGUAAAAUUAAUAUAAAAUAAAGUCAGUGCAUUUGACUCU